AUAAGUUAAAGAGAAGUUAUCUCAAGCUACAGCGCAAACAGCUGAAGGAGUCCAGUGGAGGAGCAAAUAGCAAAGCAUCAGAGAUGGCUGGCCUCAGUGAAAAGCUCCAGCAACAAAUCCAGUCCAAAAAACAAGUGACAGAGCUGGAGGCCCAGAACCAGAGCCUGACCGAUGAGCUCACACUCAUGAAGUCCCAGGGGGCGCUGUGUCAGAAGGAGCGGGAGCGUGUGUGUUUGCAGCUGCAGAAGGCUCAGGGCAGCCUGCACUCUCAGGAGCUGGAGCUGGAGCGCCUCCGCCCGCUGGAGCUGUGGCUGGGACAGAGAGAGCAGCUCAGCUCAGGGGUGCUUUCAGAGGAGAGGCAGGAGCUCCACGCCACGCUGGACUCCCAGGAUUCAUUUGUGCAAACAUCUGGUCUGGAACGCCAGAGGCUGUCCAACGAAACUGCCAGACUGACCCAAGCCCUGCAGGCUAAAAAUCAAGUAAUCCGGUGGGUGGAUUGCUCAUGUGUAUGAUGUAGUACAGCAACGAUACACAAGAGGGCAGUCUCUCCUCACACUGCAGCUGCACUGAUGAGGGCCAAUCUCUGCUGUAUGGAUAAUGCUUUAGUCCUGAGAGGCAAUUUAGAAG